AUGAUUAAAGAAAUACUAACUCUGUGGAUCGUCUGCCUGUGGGCGCUGCUAUCGGUAAAGUGCUUAAACGUGCCCCCGGGAUGCAGUUACGCCAGCGAUAUCUUCACGUGCAAUUACAGAUUUGCCUUGCCGCUUGACGCUAAUCUAUUCGACCCUAAGCCGCAACGACUAAAAAUCAUUGAAAUAAAUGGUUUGAUUUCGUCUGCUGAUCUGAUCAACUUUGACACUAUGAUGGUGAUGACCUUUAACCCACUCUACGCUGCAAGUCUGGAAAUUAGAUGUACCCAGGGUGGUGGUGGCAUACUGACCUUCACCCAAACUUCGUUUAGUGGAUUCGGAUGGGUCAAAGAGGUCAUGGUAGUUGACUGUGAAUUCACACACAUACCAGAAGGUGCGUUCACUAAUUUUGGAUCUUUGAAUAGCUUGCGCUUUGAAGGUGGAAAUAUCGACAAUUUGCAUUCAGGAGCUCUGAAAGGUAUGAACCUUGUUAAAGAUUUCGGAGCCCCGGUACCGAAAGGCGAGUUUAUCAUGAUCAACACCAAACUAGUAGCCGGGGGUAUUCCCGUCAGUUUGUUUGCAAAUUCUGGGAACGUGACUUCAAUAAAACUGUGCAACACCCGAAUUCGAGUCCUCCAAGCAAAUGUGUUUUCCGGACUUUCAAAACUCGCUUAUCUUGCUUUGAGUGACAAUACCUUCACGUAUUUGAAAGCAGGGGUGUUCCACAGCGGUCUGGCGCUCGUCAGUAUCGAGAUGGCUCACAUUGACUGGCUGUGUUCUUGUUCCAACUUAUGGUUCAUGAGAUUUGCGGACAGUAACAACAUCAAAUUAUCAGGAGAAAUAUUCUGCGCUCUCCCCGAUGAAUGGAAGGAUAAAGGAAUUUGCGUCAACAUUCUGGAGCUGUGUAUGGCAGUCCUCGUGUUCCUGGCGUGUCUGGGUCUGCCGGGAAUAAUGUAUUUCGCCGUCACAAACAACACCAUGUUGAAGAGAAUCGACAAAACGUCCAACAUCCGCUCUUAUUCCAUGUCGACAGCCCGAUCAUCAGAGUCACGGUUUAGCAUUGGAACUUUGAAUACAAUCGGCAUUAUGACGAUACAUGACCUGGAAUGA